GAGGCAGAACGAGUUUCGCCCUGUUUUGUAGGUAGUAGAGGACACGCUUUUCAAGUUGUGCUUCCACAGUUCUGGAUACAGGGUGUACCCACGCGUCACAAAUCUCCCAGAUGAUCCCCUUCUCUUUCAAAACAUCGUGGGGGAAAAACUAGGAUGUAAUGGAUAAAGAGGUAGAAAAUGGGCCGCCGCAAGUCGAAGAGAAAGCCCCCUCCCAAGAAAAAGAUGACUGGAAACCUGGACACUCAGUUCACCUGCCCCUUCUGCAACCACGAGAAGUCCUGUGACGUGAAAAUGGAACGAAGUAGAAACACCGGGAUCAUAUCCUGUACAGUUUGUUUAGAAGAGUUCCAGACCCCUAUAACCUAUCUCUCGGAACCUGUGGAUGUGUACAGCGAUUGGAUAGACGCCUGCGAAGCAGCCAAUCAGUAGCAGGCCCUGGACGAGGGGGUGUGUCCUGAAAAAAGGAACUGUUGCAGAGCUCUGAAUUUCAGUCUGGGAGAGAGAUUCACAGAUGAUUAUAAAACUGAACUUGUCAACUGGGGUUAAUAACUUGCCCCUGACCUUCAGUUGUUACUGUAAAUUCCGCUCUUGCCUGUGGCUCUGCAGGACUGGAUUCAGCCAGUAGCGAACUAAAAAGAGUUUUGAGGAAACCAUGGCUUAACAGCCAUUUACUGUAGGCAAGCCUUGCAAUUUAGAAUGUUUUUACAAAGUUCAAAUUCUAUAUUUUCUGUAAAUGAGGUGCUUUUGAUUUUUGGUAAUUCCAUAAAAUCAGCCAAAUUGUGUAAUCAUUAGUUUCUCUUAAGUCUUAAACAAAAUGCAUUACUUUUACUUUUCUUUUGUAUCUCUGAAUUACCUGUGAGUGAAUGGUCCAUUUUCAUUUUUUUAAAGAUGCCUUUUGUCUAGAGAGGCUCAUGCAGACUCAUUGGUGGCAUUUACCAUUACCAUCAACUUAAGUACAGAAAGUGAAAUAUGAGUUUUCUUUGUGUGAUAAACAGAUGUUGAAUAAAUUAUCUUCGCAAUAUGAAACAACUGAUUGUCAGAUCAUGAUGUAGAAUAGUCUUGUACCCAGUGCUUUUGUAUACACGAAUGAUCAGCGCUGCUGGACUGUAAUGUUAAACUGUGGAAGCAAAUCUAGGACUAUUCUGAAUUUAAAAACCCACAGCUGAUUUUGUACAGAAAUUACGUGAUUAAAGGGGAUUGGAGUUUUUAGUUUA